ACAACUUAUAGAACUAAUUAUGCUUAUUUGUAUUUCAGAUAUCCUUUGAAAGAUCCAGAAAGACUCAAGAAGUGGCUGGUAAAUUUGAAGAGAGUUGAUUUUGAACCAACUAAGCACACUAUUUUGUGUUCCAGACAUUUUGAGGAAAAAUGUUUUUUGAUAACUCUUGAGCGUACCUACCUUAAAGAUGAUGCUGUACCAACAAUAUUUGAUUUUCCUGAUCACUUAAUGAAGGUGAGCAUUAUCAAAACCUUCACUAAAUUACUAAGAUACUUUACUCACCUUCUUUACUCUUAA